GGGAGGGAAUGCGUGGGAACAGGUGAGGUGCUCCCCCUCCAAAGCUCCAGUCUGGCGGGCCGCUGGCCCGGUGAGUGUGUUCCUGGAGCUGGGACCUCCCUUCCCUCGGGUCUCCCAACCCCAGAUCGCAAGGGAUCAGCCCUCCCCCUGUGUUUGCACAAGGGGCUGGGUUCCCCGGAUCCCAGGCAGAAACCUGAUGAAUAAGGCCGGUCGCCCGGAAGAACCGCAGAAAUAAAAGCAGGAGGUCUCCAGCCCCCUGAUCUGACUGUUCCCGGCAAAGGCAAGAGGAGGAGAGGGUGUGGAGACCUGGACGUGCUGAAGGGGCUGGGAAGGAGGGAGAAAGGGUAGCCUGGCUUUAUUCCUCUUCCUUCUCUUUGCAGGGCUGGUCGCUGUGGUCUGGAGGAGGGGUGCUGGAGUUAGGAGGGGCUGCUGGUUUGCAGGGAUCAGGGGUCUACAGGCCAGACAGAGGUUGGGUGGAAAGCCUCAAAGGGGCAGCUUGGGAGGUUAUGCAAGUGGUCGUUGCCCAGGAAUCAGUGCGUGAUCUGACUGCAUGGCAUAGUGGGAUUAAGGCAGAAAUCCAGGCUGGAAUCAGCACUGCUCAGAGGGCAGCCGGAGACCACCGGGCAGCCCAGAGGACAGGCAGGGCCAGCGGUCUGAGGAACCGCGUGUGGCUCAACCUAGACCUGCUCAAUAGUGAGAAAACCCCUUGCGGAGGGCAUCGGACACUGCUGCAGCCUGAGCAGGUGUGAAGGCUCAGGGAGCAGAGCCCUCAACCCACAGGGCAGCCUGGCCUAGCUCCCAGGUGGGGAGGGGGUGAUGCCCAGAUUUAGGGCCGGGGUGCCUUCCUCCAAGGCUCAGAGAGGAGACCCAGACAGAAGGCUUCCGGGAUGGUCAGCCAGUGAGAGCUGGUGAGCCAGCCAGCUGGGUGUCGGGAGGAACAUUCCAAGGGAGCCAGCUAGGUGCUCCACUGGGCCCUCGGGUAUUGAAAUUGUCAGCUGGAGGUGCUGUCCCCGGGAGGGGGGCAGGGGCAAACAGGCAGCCGGCUCUGCCUUUAGCGAGGGACGUUUGGGUGCUCAGAGACGGGCAGGCAGCCUGUGGCCUGAACGUGGUGGCAGAGUCACCCUGAGCUGGCUGAAGGGUCCAUGAGGGGCCCUGUUGAACCCUCCGUGAGGCUGGAGAUUGUCAUGCCGUGGAGCAGAAAUGGGCAGCUGACUGCCAUGCAGGGUCAGACCAUUAGAGGCCGGCAGGGAGCUCAGACGGCUCGUGGGCUCUUGGUCUGAGCCGCGCCGUGCAUCCAGCGGUCAGUCACUUGGGCAGCCUGAUUGUCGGAACUGUGAACCCUUUGGACUUUCUCGGGACUGUCCUGGAAGCCUUGCACAGCCGCGCAGAAUCUGCCUGUCAGGAGAUCCCCGCAGAUGCUCAGACCCUGGACAUGCAGCCUCACCGUCGUCCCACCUGAACAGCCCGAUGGCGGCCUCCCAGCUGGAUGCGCUGGAAGGGAUGGAAUGGGGGACCGGGGGGCUGCCCCUGACCGAGGCCAGCCCUAGCUUUCUGUACUCUGAGGGCCAGCGGCUGGCGCUGGAGGCUCUGCUGAGCAAAGGCGCAGAGGCCUUUGAGGCCUGCGUGCAGCGCGAGGGCCUGCGGCCCUUCCUGAGUGGAGAUGAGCUCCGGGGCCUGGCAGCGGCCGCUGAAGACUGGACAGCGGUGAAGCAGAAACCCGGCAGGGCCGCAGAGGGAGCCACCACCGCCGACGGGGACUCAGGUAGCCUGACCUACUGGCCUGGGCAGUCGGAGGAGCAGGUGCCCGUGCUGCGGCUGGGCUGGCCAGAGGACUCAGCCUGGAAGGGGAUCACCCGGGCGCAGCUUUACACCCAGCCACCUGGCGAGGGCCAGCCAUCCCUCAAGGAGCUCGUGCGCCAGGAAAUCCAGGCCGCUCACAAGCUCGUGGCUGUCGUCAUGGACAUCUUCACUGACCCAGACCUGCUUUUGGACCUGGUGGACGCUGCCACACGCCGCUGGGUGCCCGUCUACCUUCUCCUGGAUCAUCAGCAGCUGCCUGCCUUCCUGACGCUGGCCCAGCAGCUGGGGGUGAACCCUGGGGCCACUGAGAACCUGGACAUCCGAGUGGUGAGAGGCUGCAGUUUCCAGAGCCGCUGGCGUCGGCAGGUGAUCGGCAACGUGCGGGAAAAGUUUGUGCUGCUGGACGGUGAGAGGGUCAUCACAGGAUCCUACAGCUUCACAUGGAGUGACUCACGCCUUCACCGUGGCCUGGUGACUCUGCUGACCGGUGAGAUUGCCGACGCCUUCAGCCGAGAGUUCCGGACCCUGUACGCAGCCUCCUGGCCACUCCUGCCCGCCCCCACCCUGGGGCCCUAUGUCAGAGCCCCGGGGGGGCUUCAGCUGGCUCACAGCCCACACCGUGUGGCCGGCCGCUGCUCUGUGGUCCCCGUGUCACCACUGCCACCACCAGCACCAUCGCCUGAUGGCUCGUUGGCCCAGCGCCUGGCCGCCUGCCAAGUCUUCCAAGGGGACAAGCAGGAGACCCCAGCCAUGCCAGGGCCAGCUCAUAGCGACAUCCUGAGGAGUGUACAGUGCACCCUGACCCCCAGUGGCCCCCUGGCCCGGCCCAGCCGCUCCCUGUGGGACCUGAGCCACCUGUCCCAGCUGUCAGGCUCUAGUGACGGUGACAAUGAGCUCAAGAAGUCCUGGGGCACCAAGGACACCCCAGCCAAGGCCCUGAUGAGGCAGCGGGGCACGGGAGGGGCCCCCUGGGGUGAGGCGGACUCCCGUCCGCUGGCCCGGUCCCAGCCCCGGGGCGGCCCCCUGCCCCUCACCCAUGCCCGCUGCCUCCGCUAUCUGUCCCCGACCCGGAAGAGGUUUGGCAAAGAUGCUGCAUCCAAACUCCCAGAACCCAGAGGCGUCCGGCAGCCAGACUGGGCCGCCCAGCCAGGACUCCAGGGGCAGCCUUGACAGAAGCCACAUGGGGCCGGCCUGUCCCAGGACAGUCGGAAAACUGUCACCUCCCAGCCCCUUGCCUUGCUGUCGUGCCUUGCACAAAGCUUCCGGCCUCAGAGUCUAGGAAGUGGAAGGCCCCCUCCCCCACUGCCUUGUUCUAGAACUGGACAAGCCGACUCUAGACCUCAGUGUCACAGCCUAGAAAAUGGGCAGCAAGUCUCCAUUAGCGGGGAUCCUAGAAGAGCACGCACCCUGUCCCCGCGGGGUCAGAACCUUUCUUGAGGAGAGGCCUGGCUGAGCGGCCCCCAGGCUGGAACUGUGUGGGGUGAAGCAAAGGGGAAACGUCCCGCAGCCGCUGAGCUCAGGAGCCGAGGGUAACCUGAGCUGGGCGGAGAGAACCCCACCAGGGGAGCGGACCUGAAUCCUGAGGGACAGGAAACUGGUGAGGACACACUCUGGGGAACAGGUCAGGGCCGUGGACGGGGACCCAGCAGGUGCUCACAGGUGAGCUUUGGGGAGCUGCCUUUUACCUCUGCUCAGAAUAAAGAUGCUUCUUGCCAGAAAA